UCCAAGCCAGACCGUAGUCCCUGGUUACUAUUUGUGUUCAAGCUGGGCUACACAGAUUGAGAGGAGCGGGUCGAAGGAACAAUGGAACGCGAAGGGACGAUGAUUCUGCAGCUAAGGCAAGUUCUCUUUCUCCUUGUUCUGCUGGGUGUGUCUGGGGCGACCUCAGAGCUGAAGCAGUUUUCGGUAGUGGAGGAGGUGGAGAGAGCCUCCUUUGUGGGCAAUGUGGCCAAGGCCCUGGACCUAGAGGUGGGGGAGCUGUCAAAUCGUGGGGCCAGAGUUGUUUUCAAAGGGAACAAAGAGUAUUUACAGCUGCACCCUAAGACCGGGGAUCUGCUCCUGAGAGAAAAACUGGAUCGGGAGGAGCUGUGCGGCCCCGCUGAGCCCUGUGUGCUAUCUUUUAAGAUUUUACUGGAAAACCCCUUUCAGAUUGUUCGGGCUGAGCUGAUGGUGGAAGAUAUUAAUGACCAUUCACCAGUGUUCCUAGAUACUGAAAUGGUACUGAAAAUCCCCGAAAACACCGUCCCCGGAACUAUAUUUGUUCUAGAAAAUGCACAGGAUUUAGACGUAGGUAGCAACGGUCUCCAGAACUACGUGAUCAGUACUAACUCUUAUCUCCACAGUCAAAUUCGGAAUAAUAGCAAGGGUAAGAGAUACCCAGAGCUUGUAUUGGAUAAAGCCCUGGAUCGGGAGGAGCAGUCUGAAAUCACCUUAACUCUCACUGCAGUUGAUGGGGGAGCCCCACCAAGGUCUGGAACUGUCCGAGUCCGAGUCCUUGUAGUCGAUAUCAAUGACAAUGCCCCCACGUUUACUCAGUCCCGUUAUGAGGCUCAGAUCCUGGAGAACAGUCCUAUUGGAUCCCAAGUCAUCACAGUUUCAGCGGCAGAUUUAGAUGCAGGAAAUAAUGCAGAUAUAUCCUAUACAUUUUUGCAUGCCUCUGAAAACAUUCGUAAAACGUUUCAACUAACAGAAAAGUCUGGGGAAAUUUAUUUAAAGCAAAAACUAGAUUUUGAGUUAACUCAGUCUUACAUCAUCGACAUUCAGGCCACAGAUGGUGGAGACCUUUCGGGAGAAUGUACUGUUAUCAUUCAAGUGAUAGAUCUGAACGACAAUCCUCCAGAGCUGAUCAUGACUUCGCUUACCAGCCCCAUCCCAGAGAAUUCUCCUGAGACUGUGGUUGCUGUUUUCAGUGUUUCAGAUCUCGACUCCGGGGAAAAUGGAAGGAUGGUUUGCUCCAUCCAAGAUGAUCUUCCUUUUACCCUGAAACCUUCCAUUGAGAACUUCUACACACUGGUAACAGAAGGAGCCCUGGACAGAGAGAGCAGGGCCCAGUAUAACAUCAGCAUUACUGUCACAGAUUUGGGAUCCCCGAGGCUCAAAUCUGAGCACAAUAUCACAGUGGUCAUCUCUGAUGUCAAUGAUAACCCUCCUGUGUUUUCUCAGAGAGCCUACAAACUGUACCUCCAGGAGAACAACAGUCCUGCCCUCCACAUUGGCAGUGUCAGUGCCAGUGACAGGGACUCAGGAGUCAAUGCCAAAGUUACCUACUCUCUGCUGCCUCCAGAGACUGGAGACCUGCCUCUCUUCUCCUACAUCUCCAUCAACUCAGACAAUGGACAUCUCUAUGCUCUCAGAUCCUUGGAUUAUGAAGCCAUUCAAGGUUUCCAUUUCACUGUGAGAGCAGCUGAUGGUGGUUCCCCAUCACUGAGCAGCCAGGUUCUGGUUCAGGUUUUGGUAGAAGAUGAGAAUGACAACUCUCCCUUUGUGCUGUACCCCCUGCAGAAUGGGACAGCUCCCUGCAAUGACCUGGUGCCCAGAGCUGCAGAGCCAGGUUACCUGGUGACCAAGGUGGUGGCUGUGGAUAGGGACUGGGGACAGAAUUCCUGGCUUUCCUACCAACUUCUCAAGGCCACAGACCCAGGACUCUUCACUUUGUUGGCCCACAGUGGAGAAAUCCACACAGCAAGACCCAUCAAUGACAGAGACACCAUCAAGCAGAAACUUCUGGUGUUGGUGAAGGACAAUGGGCAACCAGCUCUCUCCACGAUGGCCACACUGAAUGUGCUCCUGGUGGAUGGCUUCUCUGAGCCCUAUAUGCAGUUCCCAGAUGCACCUAAGGAUCAGGUGUGGACUGAUUCCCUCACCACCUACCUAGUUAUUUCCCUGGUUUCUGUCUCCUUUCUCUUCCUGGUCUCUGUUAUUAUGUUCAUCGCCAUUCGCCUGUGGAAGAAGAAGAGAGAUGCUACUGAUGGUGGUCAUUUUAAUCCAAAUGGCCCCUUCCCAGGUCACUUGGUGGAUAUCAGUGGAACAGGGACUUUGUCUCAGAGUUACCAGUAUGAGGUUUGCCUGCCCAGUGGCUCAGCCACCAGUGAAUUUAAAUUCUUGAAGCCUGUUAUUCCUGCUCUUCCACCUACCGAGGGAAAUGAGAAGGAUUCUAUUGAAAACCCACACUUGAGAAAUAACUUUUUCUUCACUUAAUAUUUUGACUUCUCUUUCAAUGGAUCAUUCUACCACCACUACCCACAAUUAUUUUUCUUUCUUUGUAUAACA